GAGUCUGUUUGUGAAUGACGUAAAACGAAGAUGGAGUCGUCUUAAGAAUAAAUUGGUGUGAAUUAGUUUAUCGACGUACAACUCUGCCUCUCUUGAGGCAUCGGUGUUGUUUUACGGUUUAUCCGGAACGUAAUAUUCUUCCGGAUCAUCACAGUGUGUUGUAGGCCUUGCUGGUCGCCCCGGGUCAAGAUAGUCUGCGACCCUCCGGUGAUAGCCAGAGAAGCGAGCUGCUGACAGACAGGAUGGACAGCGGAGAGUACAUGGAGAACAUGGACCAGAGUUUAGCGGAAUUAGGAGAUGAAUUCACCCUGGGAGACAUAGACGAGAUGCUGCAGUUUGUCAGCAACCAGGUGGGGGACUUCCCAGACUUGUUCGAGGACCAGAUGGCCUCAGCAGGCUCUAUGCAGAGUGGCAGUACCAGCACCAUCCCACGUCCUGCCGUUCAAACUCCUCAGACCCCUCAAACUCCCCAGACACCAACCUCUGUUGCCUACCAGAGCUCCAACAUUGGCCUUGCCGCCUCCCAGACGCUCUCUCCUCAGUCUUUACCCCUCACCCCUCCCCUCACUCCCGCACAGAUACCCUCCUCCACCAGCGCCGCCUCAGCGCAGCAGCAGGUGACCCGCAACCCUCCGCUCCUUCAGCCACGACCACAGGUGGUCCAGCCCAUCCAGCCACAGCCCCAGCAGACAGCCCAGCCCACCAUCCAGAUGCACACCCAGGGGGUCCCCAUGCAGACCCAGAGCUUCCCAGUCCGCCCCCUGGUUCAGACCCACAGUCAGACACCCCUACCCAUCCAGACCCAGGCGGGCCAAACUGUGAUGAUCGCCUCCAGCUGUGGGCAGUCACAUUUCAUGCAGAGCCCUGUCAUCUACCACCAGAGCCAUGCUCCUAGCUUCCAAGUGCUCCAACCACAGGUGCAGAGCAUUGUGACAUCACCACAGCUCCAACCAAUGACCUUUCAGCACCAGCAAGUUCUGACCCCAGCUGGUCAGACCAUCCAGACUCUCUCCACAGCGCCCACCACAGUCCACACUAUGCAGCAACAGGUGCAGCAGGUACCUCUUCUGGUCCAGCAGCCUCAGAUUCUGAAAACAGAUUCACUGCUGCUCACAACACUCAAACCAGAUGGCACCCAGGUGCUGUCAACCAUGCAGAGCCCCACAGGGAUCACCACCUUGACCACGCCCAUCCAGAACACAGCUCUGCAAGUCCCGACGCUGAUGAGCAGCAACAUCCUGACUACUGUCCCCGUUAUGAUGGGAGGAGGAGACAAGCUGCCGAUCAAGCAGCUACAGCCAGGCUCCUCCCACUGCACAACCAGCGCCAGACCAAGCAUGGAGCAGGGCCAGGUGACAGCAGGAGGGGUGGGGCCAGGAGGAGUGGUGAAGGAGGGCGAGAGGAGAACGACCCACAACGUCAUCGAGAAGAGGUACAGGUCCUCCAUCAACGACAAGAUUGUGGAGCUCAGAGACCUUGUCAUGGGCAGCGAUGCAAAGAUGCACAAGUCAGGAGUGCUGAGGAAGGCGAUUGACUACAUCAAAUACCUGCAGCAGGUCAACCACAAACUGCGUCAGGAGAACCUGGCCCUAAAGAUGGCAAACCAGAAGAACAAGCCAUUGGCACUGUCUGAAGACAUGGAGCUCAAACAGGAACUAGUGAUGAUGUCACCUCCAGCCUCGGACUCUGGCUCUGUUUCUCCUCGCCAGUUCUCUCCUUACUGCGUGGACUCGGAGCCAGGCAGCCCCUUAACGGACAAUGAUCAGGUGAAGAGCGAGCCAGAUUCUCCCUCCUCGGUGGGAGUGAUGGAUCGCUCCCGUCUGCUUCUCUGCGCCCUGACCUUCUUCUGCCUGUCUCUAAACCCGCUGCCAUCUUUGCUGGGCUCUGAGACUUCAGGAAGCCCCAACCUGUCAGCAGGCCGUGGGACAUCUAGAACGCUUGUCUGGCUCCCAAAUCACACACAGGACUUUGCAUCCUGGCUGCGGUGCUUGUUGCCGUGGGUGAUGGUCUGGGUGCUGAGCGGGAUGGGAGCGGUGUGGGGCUGUGUCAGGGUGCUCUACCUGUGGGAGCCUGUCACACCCCUUCACUCCCCGAAAUCUGUGUCCUUCUGGAGGCACCGCAAGCAGGCCGACCUUCAUCUGAACAGAGGUGAUUACACAGCGGCCAUGGCCAGUUUAGAGACCUGCCUGUCCGUCUUGACUAGAGCUCUUCCCUCAACCAAUCUGGACCUGGUCUGCUCGCUGACCUGGAAUCUGAUUCGCUACUGCUUGCAUCGUCCAACUCCUCUGGGUUGGCUCGUCCACCAAGUUGGAGGAAAGCACGAGGGGGAGGAGGCCAGGACCAGUGCGAGGGAUGCAGCGCUGGUGUACCACCGGCUGAGCCAGCUGCAGCUCACAGGAAAGCUGCCUCAGCGUAGCAGCCUCUGGGCUUUGUCUCUGUCUCUGAGUGCUGUCAACCUCAGCGAGAGCGCCCAAGGCAAGAUGGCCCCCGCUCAGCUCACCCAGAUCUAUGUGACUGCAGCAACAGCCCUGCGCACUGUGCUGGGCCACCACCUCUCCUGUCUGCCUGGUUACCUGUUGAGUUGUGCGGAGAGUGUGGCCAGCCAGUCAAAGACCAAGCCGAUCCCUGACUGCCUGUGCUGGCUCUUCACCCCUCUGGGCAGGCAGUUCUUCCUGAGCUGUGACUGGUCUGUGAAGCCAGAGAGCGGCGACAGUGUGUAUACUUCUGAGAGAGACCCAGCUGACCCCAUUGCCCAGCUGCACCGCUGUUUCUGCAGGAAACUUCUGGAGAGAGCUGUUCACACGCUCAUCCAGCCGCAGAGCGACACCAAAGCAGGCAAACACACGAACAGCUCUGGGGAGUUUUCCAGUGCCCUGGAGUUCCUCCAGCUGUUGAACAGCUGUACAGAGGACUCUCCUUCCCCUCCUCAUCCCUGGACUCCUCCCAAUCACACCACCACUCCAGUGAGAGACCCGGUGAGUCGCUGGUGGGCUUUAGUCCUGAAGGCUGCCGUGCACUGGCUCCAGGGUGACGAUGUCGCAGUCAGGUCACUGUUGGCAGAGGCAGAGCGAAUGCCGAAGGCUCUACACACUCUGGACCAUCCUCUGCCCAAGGCUGUGCUGCUGCUUUGCAAGACGGUUCAGAUGAGCCUGUCCCCUCUGAAGGGAGAAGCGGCAGUGGCCUGCCUGUCCCACUGCGACAGAGCCAGCAGUUACCUGUGCUCAAGCAUCUCUGUGCCGCUCACCCAGUCUGGGAACUGGCUGAACAAGGGCGUGGAGCUCCUGGUCUGUGACUUUCUGCUGACCUUGAGGACCGGUUUAUGGCAGCGGGGGGGCAGUAGUAACGGAGAACCUGGCCCAGCCUCUGGGUCCCAGUUGGCCGGGUUCCAGAGGGACCUCAGCGCACUCAGAAAGCUCACACAGUGCUACAGACGGGCACAACACAAGGUGUUUCUUCAUGAGACCACAGUGAGGCUGAUGGCUGGAGCCAGUCCCACCAGGACGCACCAGCUACUGGACCACAACCUGCGUCGCAGGACGCACGUCUCCUACACAGCUGAAGGUGAGUGUGUCCUGGGUGAGAGGGAGAGGGCUCAUGCCAUCCUGCUGGCCUGCCGUCACCUGCCCAUGCCCCUGCUGACUCCCCCCGGGCACCGCGCCCGUCUUCUGGCCGAAGCCAAGCGCACCCUGGAGCGCGUGGGAGACCGUCGGUCUCUGCAGGACUGCCAGCAGAUCCUGCUGCGCCUCAGCGGAGGCACGACAAUCGCUGCCUCUUGACCACACACACAAUUCGAGAACACACACACACAGAUUAGGGCUACUCACAAUACACUGUAACAAUGACUCUGUAAUUUGCUGUGUAAUAUUAUAAUUGUCACUCAUUUAAACCCUCAUACUGAUCAAGGGCCAUGAAUAUAAAGACAAAUAGGUGACUUCUCCUGUAUCCAUACUGCGUUACCGCAACAGCGCUGCCCCCUUCUGGUGGCUGAUGGUGCCGUCCUGGCUGACUGCCUCAUUUUAAACGAUGCUACACAACAAGGAAAAUCAGGUUCAAUAGGCCCCAGAGGGAAAAGGGACCGUUAUCUAAUAGCAGUUUAAAUGAAUGAAGUCCAGCUGUGCGUUGAUUAGUCAUAGGAUACCAAGCUGUACAAUCAUUAUUGGCACACAGCGAAGUGAGCACUACUACAACUGUGUAAUGUCUCAUUAAACUUGCAAGCUUCAGUUUAAGGGCACCAGAGUAGACCCCUGGCUGUUCAGCAUGGCUGUGCUGUAGGAUGCAGACACAUUGCUUACUUUUCACAGUAGUGUCUCUUCCUAUCUACCUCAUACACAUUACAGUGCCAGCACUGAAAUGCAGAGAUGCUUAAGCAGCAUGGCAGUUAAUCUGAAUUUGAGUCAAGUGACACUUCAACAGUGCAGUGUCAUUCUAAUUAAACCUAGCUGAGCUGCUUUAUUUAGUCUUUAGGAUGCAGCAGAUCUUUACACUAAGGAGACAGACGGCUACUGCUGACCUGCUCCUUACUGUCAAACAAGAAACAGGAAAAACAGGAUUUGGACAAUAUCUAAAUAACAGAGAGAAGCAGCCAGUCAGUGGCCGACAAUUUGGAAAUAUCUACACACACACCCAUAAAUGCACAUUCAUCUCACUUGACUCAUUACAUUUUAAAUUAAGUGCAUACAAAUUGACGGGGUGAUUGUAUAUAAGUUGUACAUAGGCAGAUAAACAGAAGCAGAUGACACAGGAAGUCGUCGCCUACAAAUUGAAAGGAGACACACACUGAAGAAACCAUUGAUGAAGUUGCCUCCUGUCAGUUUGAUCAGGAGAGCAAGGUCACCUGUUGCGCCCUUAAAGUGAUAUUCCACCAAAAAUUGAUUAAUAUAGCCUUAAAUGGUAGAUUUUGGAAAAUCAAACUUCAUUGCCAAGUAUUAUUAAAACACAAGGAAACUGACUCCAGCUCAGUGAUGCAGAACAGCAGCCUGUUUAGUGGAUGACUAUUUUUCAUUGGUCACAUCGUCGCAGAUACAUGUUCAGGUCGAUUAAUCCACCUCUCUGCUCUGAUGUCCAACUGUAAAUGUCCUCUUCAAGCCUACGGGCAGUGAGUGAAGGAUUCUGGGUGGUGGAUCACUUUGGGCUGUGAACACAGUGAUAGAUGUGAGGAGCGUUUCCACGUAGCGUAUGUUGACGCUCUCUAUCAAAAUGGCCUUGAUGUUAUGUAAAAACAAUGUUUUCAUGUUUCAUCAUGUUUGGACUGAAGGGUUUUAUCUUUGUCCAACCUGCUUUUAAUUUGUAAUUGUUGACUUACACAUGGCAUGACGCUUCUCAGUCCUGCGCUCUGAUUAUCUUAUUUAAUUGUUGUGUAAUAUUCAUAUAAAUGGUUUUUAGGAGGGAAGGGAGCAGUUUUACAGUGAUGUCAUGACUGUUGUUUUAUAUCAAUAAAAGCUGAGGCUCAGAACAGAAAUAGGAGGAUUUGUAUUUCUACUGAAGAAGCCAAUAUUUAAACCAUUGGCUUGUUAUUUUAGGGUCACUUUUACUUUCUUGGUUCUAAAGUGCAAGCAAACACAUAUGCUAUUAGAAGUUUCCAGAGUUCUGUCUUCCAGGUCAACCCAAGGUCUAAGUUAGAAUCCUCAAGCCACCGGCAGCCGAGUUUUUACUAUCAUUAGAAUUGUUUUACUUUUCACAAAAAAACUUUUCCCUUGAUGUAUUUUAUUGUAUGA